CGCAUAUCUGUGCAGAUCGCGUGUUGUAUAUCAAAAUUGGAGGCACACCUUGAGAAACGUUAGCAACAUGUGUGUGUGCCUCUAGAGAAAAGUGUGAGUGUGUGCGGGGAGGGGUCGGCAACAUGAGUGAAAUGCGGGGGGAAGGACCUCCGUUGCCUCAUGAACUCACAGCCGAGUGGACAGUGCGGGCACAGUUGACCUUCGCGCGGGGCGGGGAAGCUGUCCAGAAGGAAUACAAUGUGCAGGAGCCACUGCAUCCGGUGCGUGUGGUUUACAAAUGGUGCACGCCGGCUACAGAGCAGGAGAAGGCAACGGCUGCCACAAGUUUCCGCAGCACAAACUCGUCGGCAACAUAUGCGGACUCAGCAUUUGGAAGUCCACAAGCAUCGCGAGUUACACAGCCAACAGACGAGGCAACAGCUGCAACAGCUGCAACAUCUGGCGGUGGCGUCACCGCACAGGUGUGUGGCACGCGUUGUCGCAGCACUUGCAACAUUGUCGUCUCGGCAGUGGCCGACUUUCUGCCACAACAAUUGGAGACACAAAACGAACCCUUUGUCUAUCACAGCACAGUGAGAGCACAACAAUUGAGGGAUGCCUGCUCCCAGACAAGCGACACGGAGGAGCGACAGCGACGUCAACCCGCCUACGAUCAGCGACGUGCCACAACGGAGGCACUCAUGAACUUUUCCAGUCGGCGGCACGCGGAGGAGGCGAACACAUAUGUGCCAACCUACUCGACCACGCCCUCGUCCACAUUCAAGUCGGCGUCCUUGCCACGCAUACCACCGCUGCCUGCCUCCACACAGUCGCAGUCGCCCAGGCUGCCCAGUCUGGGCGAGAAGAAGCCGCGCACUGUGCACAUUGAUGUCUAUUGCACGGGCUCCGAGGAGGAUGAGGACGAGGAUGAGCAGCAGGCGGAUGCAGAUGCCUCCAACUCGGAUUCCGACAGCAGCAAUGGACAACAUCCCUAUGAAGUGGACUCCAAUUCGACGCCACAAACGGUGCUGGACAAUGAGCAAAUGCUGCUGCGUCAUCAGCGAAUCUCGGGUGGCGCCAUGCCGCGUCGCCUGGCACAGAAGUCGCCACUGCCAAGUGCAAAGCAGGAGCAACUGCAUCUGGGACACGGCAUAACCAAGUGCAGCACCGCCGAGGAGGUGGUGGAGUCUAAGCAGAUGCUCUUUCGCCAGCACAUUGGAGAUCAGCGGGCCGUCAAGCUGGCCAAUCUUCGGCAGAAAUACAUGCGCCAGCCCAGCGAUGAGACGCAGAGCAGUUCCUAUCCAAACUCAUCCCGUUCGACGAUGCCACGUGAUGCCACCUGCAGCAGCGUGUCCAGCGUCUUGGCCGGCGACUGUGUGGACUCCUCCUGGAAGGAUACCGAUGAGCUGGACACACCCAGCAUGCCGCCAUUUGCAACGAUCAGCAAAUCCGAUAGCUUUGAUUACGAGAACUCGCUGGAUCGUGUGCGCAUCCGGCAAAUGGAGCGUCUCUGGUCACGUCAGCACUCCAUGGAGCAGCCGACGACGAUGCCGGCGACCUCGACAUCGACAUCGCCUUAUCCGCACUUGACAACGAUCACGGAGGUGCAGACGCAACGUGGUGCGUUCCAGCGCAGCGAUACUUUGCCCUCGGAGUCGGAUGGAUUCUCGGAGACCAAUGUGGGAUUCAGCACGUAUCCGGGACGGCAGGUGCAUCAGAUGUUGCAUCUGCAACGUAAUCGUCCUGGUUUCCUACAGUUCUUUGGUCCGCCCGCAAGUCCCGAGCCACCGCAGACAGCGCCGGUAAUAACAACAACAACAACAGCUGCAGGAGCUGCUCCUGCCAUCGAUCCCUUCAAGCGUCUGCAUCCUGGCUAUCGCUGGAAGAGCGAGGCACGCGAUAAUCUCAGCGUACAGGCAGCUCCGGGCUCUCCCUCCUCGGAGCGCAGUUCCCCACAGCUAUUGUCCACCGCCAGCACAGUGGUGCGUUGUGGCAGCGAGGCACCGCCCAGCACCACAUCGGCCACCACUUUUGGCACCGUUGCCCCAUCUCCACUGUUGCCCCGUCGCUUCGAGAUCUCGCGUGAUAGUCCUAGUUUGGCCAGCGAGACGUCCACCGUUGUCUCCGGUUACACCCAUGAGCAUCUGGAGAAGGCACGCCGGUUUGGCAGUGUGGUGACCAUGCGGAAGCCAGGUCAUCAUGUCGGACCCACCAAGAAUCCCAAUUGCCACUGCGAGAGCUGCCAGCGUUGGCUCGCCGAGCGUUUCCAGCUGCGUGGACGCGCCUUCUCCCUUGGAGAGCGACCGCUGCUCCGACGACCGCAACCUUAACUGGACUAGUCAUAGAACUCAAAUAGAUAAAGCAAAGAAACCAUUGCAGAGACUUGGAAGUUUGUCUGCUUCUUUAUUCUCCUAUUGGAAGUCAAGCUGGAUUAAUGGGAAUUUGGGAUCUUAUUAGAAAUCAAUGAUCUCAAGUUUUAGAAAAUUGAAUAAUUUCCACAGGGUUCUCCGGAUCUUAACUUCCUUACAUAUAACAUCUAAUGAAAAACUAAUCGGUAACUAUUGUAGAAGAAAGGAAAGAAAGAAGCUAUUGAUCUGAAAUCUCUAAAUCUGGCAACUCACCCAAAGAAAAAUUCAAUAAAUUGUAAAGAAAUUCUUUAUAUCCUGA